UCAAGAGACCGAAAAAACUGAUAAACUGCUGAAUCUUUCAGAUUCGAUUGAAAAUCUUAAUUUACCUAAUUUAAUGAAAGUAGAUGAUUUCCUAGCUAUUCCAGAAGAAGAAGUUGUUUGUAAAAUUCUUAAUGAAAACUCUCUAAUAGCCGAAAUUAUUGAAAUCUUUAAAGAAAAACCUGAAGAAUUUGAUAAUGAAGAUUCUGAUGAAGCGGAUGACAGUAUUGAAAUAACAAUCAUAAGCACAAGCGAGGCACUAAAAAGCUUAGAAGUAAUGCGUACAUUUUUACUCCAGCAAGAAGAAUCGGAUGAGUAUAUAAAAAAAAUUGAUAGCAUUGAAAAAUUUGUUAAUGCAAAACGAGUUAGUUUGAUGAAACAAACAAAUUUGAAUCAAUAUUUUAAUUUAUAA